GUCGGUACAACUGGUCAAGCUUGACAGUGUUGCCAUAAUUAUUUGAUAAUCAGGAUCAUCUAGGGUUUUUGAACCCGAUUAACUUAUUAAUCGACUUACCGGAAUACCGGGAGUGCUUUUUAAAAUUGUUGUAAAUUUCAAAUUUUGACGUUUGACACAUCCUUCAAAUACAGUUUUCAAGAAAUAGAGUAGUUUCAAAAUGGCGAUAACGUUGCCAAAUGUUAUAUGGCUAUCUCUCUUAUGUUCGUUCAUUUUGACAUGUUCUCACUCUAUCUAAACAUCGUUAGCCGCCAUUGUAUAAAUAUCGAAUGGAGUGAUGAGUUGCUUGUCGCGCCUUAUUUACAUAAUUUGUGUUUUUCGAAAAGAUCUCUUUGCAAUAUGGUGAAUCUUCCCAUCAGUAUUUUUGUCAGUACUUAAGAUAACCAGUGAAUCGAAUAGUGCAUGGCAACAGUUGAUAUUUUAUCAAUGUUGCAAAGGUAACCUCUUUUGGACAGGAGAGCUGAACCCAGAGUAACAAACAUGAAUAAAAGGCGGAGAGCCAGUUCUGUGUCAUAUAGAUACCAAGAGGAGGAUUCUCUUGACAGUUUGGAAGCUUCUACAAGCAGUGGCCCAACAAUGCGAAAAAGAAAGAAAUACUUUGAUCCUAUGGAGGCAUGUCAGCAGCUGAUUGACAUACUGAGGAAUCAUAAAAAAGAAGAUGGCUCUUUGCUCAGUGAAUCUUUUAUUAGAGUUCCGAAACGUAGGCAAGAACCUGCUUAUUAUGAUGUCGUCAGCAAUCCGAUAGAUUUGUUAAAAAUUCAGCAAAAGUUGAAGAUGGACGAAUACGAUGAUAUAGAUGAUUUGCAGAGUGAUGUGGAACUAAUUGUAAAUAAUACCAAGGCUUUUUAUAAGAAGAAUUCCCAGGAGUUUAAGGACGCAACUGAACUUUGGGAUUUGUUCAUUUCCAGUAAAAAUAGAAUAAUUGGUGUAGAAGAUGAACCCAAACCUGUAAAUAAUAAACAGGCCCUAGUGAAAAACUCCAAACGUAGUGUAUCCAAAGUAGAAUCUAAGAAUACCACGAACCAUGAUGAGGACGGCAAUACUUCAGAUGACUCAAAUUUCGACGAUGAUGGGACUAAUCCGUUCGAGGAACUAUUCGAAGCUGUCAUGACAGCCAAAGAUGACAAUAAAAAGCUGCUUCAUCCAGCCUUUCAGUUAUUGCCAUCGAAGAAGAAAUAUCCCGAUUAUUACGAAGUUGUGGAACAGCCUGUGGAUUUGAAGAUGGUAGCCCUCAAAGUACAGAAUAAUAAAUAUAAAUUCCUGAUAGAGAUGGAGAGAGAUUUGUUACUCAUGUGCAAAAAUGCUUGUCUUUACAACGAGCCCGGAUCGCAUAUCUAUAAGCAAGCAAAGGUGCUGAGGAAG